AGUCAAACAAUGGGAGAAACGGGACCAACCAAUAAUACAAGUUUCAGUUCGCUUGAUGAUAAUUGGGAAACUGAUGUUAAUGUGCUGAGCAGUGAGCUCGGUGAUUUGGACACUGAAGGAAAUGAUAAAUCAGAUUGGAUGCGCCUACUCGGAGUCUCGAUGAAACCAAAUCCAUUGGAUGACUGGGAUCAGCUGUACAAUUUGAAUAAUCAGUGCGCAUUGCGAAAUGAUUGCCGGAAACUUGCCAACGGUUUGAAGAACAAGAGAAGUGUUCCCGAGUUGGAGUCAUUUUUGACACUUUAUUGCAAAAAGAGGGGGAUGGAUUAUAUCAAGGAUAUCGGAUGGUUGACGAUCCUCGAAAAGAUCCUUCUUCUCAAUGUUCCUGCCGCCCACGAGUUCAAUGUUUUCUUUGCAUUCACCACGAAAUAUAUUCCUAAAGACACCCGACCAGAUGCUCAGAUUUUUGAUUUAUUCCGAUUGCUAUUACAGUACCAUGAUCCUCAGAUUAGUAACCAUUUGGAAUCACUUCACUGCUCGCCUUCAAUGUACACGAAAAACUGGUUCGCAACUUUAUUCUCCAGCAGUAUGUCCACAGAAUCGUGCCAUGAACUUUGGAAGUUAUAUAUUGAGCAGGGUGAUCCAUUCCUUGUGUUCCAUCUUGCCAUUGUCUUCCUCAUCAAUGCAAAAGAUGAAAUUCUGCAAGUGAAACGAGAUGAAAAAGAAAAAGCUGUGCAAAUUUUGGAGAACAUGGCUGCCCAGCUCAGUGUCGAAGAUGUCCCUGACUUUUUCCAGUUGGCACUUCAUUACUCUGACAAGACUCCAGAAUGUAUUCGCAAAGAUUUUCACUACAUAAUUUUCGGUGCAAAUUUUGAUGAGGAAGUCAAAGAGAUUCAAAUGAAUAAGAUGUUGUGUCUGCCGAUUCCAGCAAUCGAUUUAACAUCUCAUGAUGAGAUCUCCAGUGGAAGCGUCAAUUUCUUUAUUGUGGACACCCGUUCUAACACCGACUUUGAUUCUGGUCACUUUGUCUCAUCAUUCAACUUGGAUUGUGUAGCGAUUGUGGACGAACCCGAAAAAUUCGAAAUCGCGCUGAACAGUCUGGAAUGCUACAAGACUUCGCGUCGCGACGAAGAUCACUAUCUGAUCUUGGGAUACGGUUCAGACGAGGAAGACAACUAUAUGAACAUGCUGAUUGCGAUGUUUAUUCAGAAAGGAAAAUUGCAUGUUUCUUUUGUUCAGGGAGGCUAUAAGAAGCUUCACGAUUGUAUCGGGCAACACAACAGAUGGGAGUUGAUCGCGAUGCAUUCGGAGGAUAGAUGUGAACUUUGCAGUAGCGAGAAGGCCAGUCCAAAAUGGGGAUUCUUCUCAAAAAUGAAGUCAGCAGUGAGCAACACUUCGAGCAGAAUGAAGGAACGUGUAGAAGCGGUGGUGUUUCCGAUUGGUGAAGAAAAGAAGCUGGAUGACAAGCACGCGGACUCGAAGCAACGACACGGCAAGAGAUACCGACAACAGUCUGUGUUUACCAUCGAUGAGAACAGUGAUGAUGAGAUGGCUGCUGGGGCAGCGGUGGAUGAGAAUCCAAAGGAAGAAAUUCUCCUGUCCAAAGAAUUCACGGAAACUUUCGAGUGCCAAGAAGUAUUCCGUGAUGGAAGCAUCAACGGCCACAUUGCACUCACCCGUACACACAUUUACGUGCUUCAUGAUGUACCAGGAAAACAAGGAUACGUCACAACUGAAGCCCGCCACGCUCUUUCCACUGUUGUCGCUGUGACAAGUCGCCGGAGUGUUCCUGAGAUGCUCACCUUUAAGUUGGGCUACGAGAUGAAUGGGUCCUCAAAAAUUACUGCUGUUCACAAAUUAUAUGUUCCAAAAGCUGGUGAAUGUGCAAAAGCAGUCAAGCUGGCAAUUUACGCUCUUCGUCCACUUCCCGAUGCAUAAUUCUCCAAAAAAUAAAAAUAAAACUAACGAUGCUUUCCUUUCAUGUGAUUAUAAUUAUACGUCAUAAUUUUGCUGGGUUUUCACUUUUUGCAAAAUGUUGUAAAAACUGGGUACUAGCUUUCCUCUUACUGUAAGUAGUCUCUCGGGAAUACUUCAUAUUUGAAAAAAAUCACUUUAUUUUGCCUGUGGUAUCAAAAAUUUAUUAGACAUGAUGUAGUGAUAACGGAAUAAAUAUUUAUGAAUGUGU